AUGUCAUCAGCGAGUGGAGAGACGGCAGUAGAUUGCCACACAUCUGAAGAUUGUCUGCACGCCCUCCGCAUGCAUCUUGCGGCCAUGCAAAACGUGGAGGACGACCUGGCCGAAGCCUACGAUGUUCACGCGGCGAUGACGCUCGCCCAAGUGAUGGAGCUGCAAGGACCUCUCAAUCGCUUCAAUGCGUUGGCCGAUCGCAUGGUGGCCAUCGUCGACUACCUCGCCCACACCACGCCACACCUACCACCAGCCGCUUUCGCAGCCGAGGGGCAGAGCCAGCACGACCACUUCGGCGGCGGCAUGGGUGCCGAGGACCAUGGCACCGCGCAAGGCUCGGAGGCUGGCCAGCCCCGGCAAGCGAACCGCGAAGUCGAACCUGCUACGGACGAGGUCGACGGCGGUGCAGACGGCAACAGCAGCAGCGCUGGUCUGGGCCAGGGCCAGGAGGAGCACUUCGGGACCGCAGCUACGAGCGAAGACCGCGACAACGGAGGAGCGUGGGCACAGGCCGAGGACUAUGAGGAGGCUCGCGAGCUGUACCUGGAGAAGCUCGAGACUCUUCACCGCCUCAUGCGCAAGGUGCACGCCAUCAAGGCACGGACCUCUACCGCUGGCCACGACCCUCUUCCCGAAAUCGACCACCUGGACGCGCUCUACCGCGAGGAAGAGGAGCGUGUGGGGGGCGGCUGGCUGCUGGCCGACCUGGACUACGAUGAGUUCCAAGAUGAGACGCAACAUACGCCGGGCUCCGGUGCCUACAGCAGCGCCGACGCCGGACGACGCCGGCUUGCUGUGAUCCAGCGGGAACUCACCAGGCUCACCAGCCUUCCGAAGAGCGAGGGGCGAGAGAGGAGGAUGCAGGAGCUCACCGACGAACUGCUGGAGAUGUGGGGGACGGGCAAGUACACGGACUACUUCCGCGUGGUCUCCUUCUCGUUGGAGAAGAACGCCGCACGCAAUGCCACCUGGGGCGUCGCGCCCGAGGGCGAGAUCCUGGUCGAAUUCGUCGAUGGCGUCGGAGACCAGGCCGUGGGGUGGAGCCAGGGCGAGGGUGAGGGCGACUACGACGACGAGGAUGAAGACGAAGAAGACAACCUGUGGUUCUGA